AUGUGUUCAACAGCGGCAUAUAGAAUGGCAGCGCCAAAUAACGAGACGAAGGGAGAAAAAGUUUGUGUUCCACGAAAUUUUUAUCUUCUUGAUGAACUUGAACAAGGACAAAAGGGGUCUCAGGAAGGUAGUAUCAGUUGGGGAUUAGAAAAUAUGGCUGAUGCAACACUCACCAAAUGGAACGGGAUGAUUCUAGGUCCUACUCGAACUCCUUUUGAAAAUCGUAUUUAUGAUUUGCGGAUCGAAUGUGGACCAAAGUAUCCAGAUAUCCCUCCAACGGUUAGGUUCGUCACUAAAAUACGUAUGCAUGGAGUAAAUGAGAACACUGGUGAAUAAAAAAUAUCUACUGUGUUGAAGCAUAUUCCUAGUCGAAUGUAAUAGCUCUUUGAAAGCCUAUUGUCUCGCACCCAUAUCUUCGUUAUUAAUUCAGCUAUUAAUAAUAUAUUUUUGUCCUCAGAAUACUGGUUUUAAUACGACAGAACUUUGGCUUGAUGUACAUUCGUACCAGGUUUUACGUUACGACUGGCUGACUGAACAUUGGCUUUUGUUAACUUCGUAGUCAAACCCUACAAAACUACCACACAACGUUAUCAGUCAAUAUUGCCAACAAGUUUGUAUCACCGAAAUUCUCUAUAGUAUUUUGUCUGUCAUCAUAAAUGGUUGUUUUACGAAAUUCGUAGAUUAAAAUAAUCAUGAUUUAAAAACAUGUUUUAGUAUUUAGUAAUUUCUUAUUUCUCUAAUCCCUGACUGUGACAAUAUGUGAGCUGUAAAAAGUUAUCUCAUCUGUUCAUAAUAACUAAUGCCUUUAGUUUCUGUACUUCCGCAUUUUAAGAGAUAAUGGAGAUAUUACGACACGUAGUAUUGCUACGAAAAUAACCAAUCACAGUCAUGAAGACAAGUUUACCUAAGACUUGUGUAAUAACCAAGAAGCCCAUUGCUACAUAAAGUAAGCAUUAAUGAUGUUGUCCAGAGCGACAAUGAAAACUUUGCUAGUAAGUCACUUAGCUCAGAGAAUUCAGCAGCACAAAAAUUACUCCAUUUUCUUACCAAUAAAAGACCUAAGAUGUAUAAGCAUUAAAUUUAUGAUCUUUGUCUCAUUAGUCGUUAAUGCUUAUUAAUUCUUAUAUUGCUGUCAAAGAUUAUACUAACUUGAACAUAGCUAGGGAUUGGAAAUAAUAUAUUAAAAAGUUAUUGAUACUAGUUAAUUCACAUUUCAUCUUAAAAUUAGUGUGUAUAAUGUGUUAUUAAGGAGGAGAGGUUUGGAUUCGUUGCGAGCGCUUUUAUUUCAAAUUAACGAAUGAGAUAUUAGUAGAUAAAAGAUAUAUAAUUUUGCAGUGUUGUCGGGUGAUAUCAACUAACUAAAAUGAAUUGUUGAAACGGACCUUCGAAUAAGCUAAUAAUUCUGCAUAAAAUAACAGCAGCUAAUAAGGUUUUUUCUGUUAAAGCAGCCCAAUUACAAAUUACGAACACAAAAGUAGUUGAAAAACUCAAUAGUUUUGGUUCGUGUUAGUAAAUAAUGAAAAGAUUGCAUAAAUAAAGAAUAUCCGUUUGGAUUUUACCAAACUUCACGACUAUUGGUCUAUAACUAGUAUGUCUGGCUGUCCAUUGAAAGUCUUUUAAAGUUGGUCUUGCUACUUUGCAGCUACGGAACAUUAAAGUUCAGAAAAAGUCUUAUUCUGUAUCAAGCGUCUUUGCAAUAUAACUGGUAUGUGUUUGACCCACUAAGUGACUAAUCCUAAUAUAUGGUUUAAAGUGCCAUGUAAAGAUGUUAAAUUUGUUGAUAAGUUCAUAAAUCUUCGUUGGCUGAAGUAAUGUAGGCUUGUGUUAAACAUACACAGUUAUCACAUAUUUCAGUGUACUGUGCUAACUGUCGUAGAAGUAGUUUUACGAAAAAACUGAAGUCAGAACAAGAUGCUACAUCAGUCAAUAAUAUCAUUGACUAUUAGUGUUAGUCACAUGAAGAAAAAGUCAGGAAGUCGUAAUAGUCCUGAAGCACAUUAUUUAUCUCCCUUUAAUGCCUUAGAAUCGUAAUGCUCUCUACUUUAUAUUUCCCGGCUAAGUUUUAACGUCCACAUAGAUUUUUUCAAAGUCAAGCAAGUGGGCUGAGUUAUUGCGAUCCCUCUACGUCAAAGAUUGACCUUUAAAUCGCAAAAAUGCUUGUGGACCACAGUGUCAGUCUACAAUUACUAACCAUGUGGCAAGUUCUUGUUGAUGUCUGGAAAAGCGAAUGUGCAACUCAAUAAUCCAUUAUAUUGUUGGUUAAUCCAGUUGAAAAUAUUGACAUUGUUAAUUGUAUUCACGCAUUCAGUCAUUGCUUAAUUUGUAUCAAUUCCGGCCUAAUUUCUCUCAUUCAAAUUUACUUGUUGAGCAGAUAAGUAAACCACAUUUAUUUUAAUUCAAUUUCGACAUAAUUCCUGAAUCUGUGGUUGCCCUGGUACGGCCGAGAGCGGUGAGGAGCCGCUUUCCCUCUUGAAAGGCUCUCACACGGCCACGCGUAUACAGCCUCUGUCAGGAAAGUCCUACUCACUACCUUCUCCUGGUAGGGGUGUUGUUUACGAAAUUAAGAGGACGCAAAGCGAAUGUCCGGCACUUUAAC